CUGGGAGCCAUGCGCCGCUGUCUGUAAUGUCAGCGGAACAGGAGAAGGACCCCAUCGCGCUGAAGAGAUCCCGAGGUGGUGACGGUGGAUUGGAUGGGUUAGGAGGACCAGGAGUACAGCUCGGAAGCCCUGAUAAGAAAAAGCGCAAAGCAAACACACAGGGAUCUUCAUUUCCUCCUCCAUCUGAAUAUGCUCCACCGCCGAAUCCAAGCUCUGACCACCUUGUAGCUGCAAAUCCAUUUGAUGACAGCUAUAAUACUGUGUCUUAUAAACCACUUCCUUCAGGAAAUCCUUAUUUUGGUAAUCCUGGUUAUCCUGGCUUUGGAGGCUAUAACACUUUCAGAAUGCCACCUCACAUGCUGCACAGAGUGUCCGCACCAUAUGGUGGUUCCUAUUCCCUCAGAAACCAGCCACACCCUCUUCCUCAAAACCCUGUAGGAAUGGGUUUUAGUCGACCCCACUCUUUCAGCUUUGGUCCACAUGAUAGCCCAGGUUUUGCGAAUCAGCCACCUUAUAGUGGCAGUCAGAUAAAUCAGAGUAUCAGUAUGCCCGGUCAGCAUUUCAGACCAAAUCCUGGUGAGAACUUUGGCCAUUCUGGACAGAUACCUCAUCCUGAUGUGCCACCUAACUUUGGUCCUGGAAACAAUUCAAAUUUUCCAAAUUCUCAGCUAGAGUCAAGCCACUCUUUUGUUCCCCCACCAAGCACUUACAACCAGACAAAAUCAUCAGCACAAAAGCAAGACUUUAGUCUAGGUGCAAGCAAAGCAUCCGGCCAGAACACUACUGCUCUUCAGCAUCAUCACAGGACAGAGGACAUUGUGAGUCAAGGUAACAGUGACCUAAAAAAUGUUACUCGAAACAACGUGGUAAAUCAGGAUGGUAGCCAUUCUAAUAGUGCUGAUAACACUAAUGCUGGCCAUUCAAAUGGGACUCAGAGUAAGUCCCGCCAGCCUCGAGGUACCACUGAAGGAUGCAACUCUGAAAAGAGCAGCAAAACACCCCUUCAUCCCAGUCGGCAUGGUCACUCGUCCUCUGAACCCGUCUAUCCGUGUGGAAUUUGUACACAUGAAGUUAAUGAUGACCAGGAUGCGAUCCUGUGUGAAGCCUCUUGUCAAAAAUGGUUUCAUCGAAUCUGUACUGGCAUGACUGAGUCAGCUUAUGGCCUUCUUACAGCAGAAGCAUCAGCAGUGUGGGGUUGUGAUACGUGUAUGGCUGAUAAAGAUGUCCAGCUAAUGCGUACAAGAGAGACUGCAGGGCCGCCUGCGUUGAAUACGGAUGGCUAACAAUGUCAACUGGUGGUACUACUUACU